UGAGUGCCAACCGGGCGCGUCUCCGGGUGGCGGAUAGGAGAACGGCCAGGGUAUUUCCUUGGUCAGUGGUAGUCAUAAGUGGGGCGAAAGCCUUUGCGAAAGCUACCGCCGCGGACCAACUCCCCCGAAUCUAAGGUGUAAGGCAACGUGCCGAGGGAUGAAUGAUCGCAGGGGUAAUUGCGGUCGCGAACGUUCCCUUGGGGGCACCAGACGACACCUCCAAGUAAGCAGUCCUCUCCUGAUAAUGCGGGGCUCUGUCAGGAGUGAUGAAUUUUUCCCUAGCUACUCGUGGGACUCAUGAUGGAAAUAGUUAAUGACAAUAAAGGGAAAACAAUUCAAAAAAGAACAUCGGGAGCUUUUCGGCGGAAGCUGAAAAGGCUUCGCGAAUCGCAAGAAACAUGCACUAAAAGCACCUCUGGAAACACAGAGGCUAACGUAUAUCGCAAAAGAAAAUCGGGAGCUUUUCAACGUAAACAGAAAAAACUUCGCGAAUCACAACAAGCACAUUUUAAUGCCACCUUUGAACCGGAGGUACGACGAAACGAUUGUUCUUCUGCGUCGUUAGAUUCGGAGGAAGUGGCGAGAUGCAGAACCACUGGAACAAGUAUGACUACUAGGACUAACACGUGCCAAAAUGAUAUAACGUCGCGAUCUUUUCGUCGUAAGCAGAGGAAGCUUCGCAAAUAUCAACAAAAAUGCACUAAUGAACCCUCUGAAUCUCACGGACUGAGUGCAAGCGGGGCUCAUAGGUAUCCGAGAACUACUGAACAUGCAAUCCCCAUGAAUGAAACAAGGCGGGAAUCAGGUCUCGUGUCUUCAGACUUAGCAAGAUACUGGUCUUUUGAACCAGAGGACCAAAGUAAUACCUCUUUUCCCGCAUAUAAAUAUGCUAGGGAGGAGGCCUACCUGAGUAACACUGGUGCAAGCUGGGCCAAUAGGUAUCCAAGAACUACUGAACCAGAGGGAAAAGAACGUGCAUACUAUUAUGAUUCCACGCAGUCGAGAAGUGAUUUAAGGCCUUCUUCCUCGGCAACAGCCACGUAUAGUAUCUUUGAACCGAUGAACCAAGAUAACACCCCCUUUUCAACAACUUUGUAUGCGGAUGAAGAGGCACGUCUCAGAAGCACUGAUACAAGCGGAGCUAUCAUGUAUCCGCGAACUGCUGGAUCAGAGGGACCGCGGUCCGCACAUUAUUGUGACUCAUCCAUGGACUCAUGGAGGGAAUCAAGACUCAGUACCUCAGGAACAGUAAGAUAUAGCACUUCUCAACCGGCGAGCCAAGGUAAUGCUGAAGAGGUAGCCUGUUUUAGAACCAUUGAUACGAGCAGGGCCAGCAGGUAUUCACCGAUGACUGAACCGGUCGAACAGGACCGUGAAUUCUAUUUUAAAACGAUGAAGGCCUGGAUGGAGUCAAGUGCAAGUACCUCAGGAGCAGCAAUAUACAGAGAAUCAGAAAAAUACGGAAACACAGCUAACGCUAGUUCAGGGUCAUAUUCACCAAUGGUAAAAGAUUUGGAGGUGGAAAUAAUUUUAAAUGACUACUCAAAUACCGAUAUUACUUUAGAGCAGGAAAACCUAAUAAGGCGAGCUCUGCUCGAAAGGUUAGAAAACAUAAAUGAAGGAGGACAUCAACCCAGGUUUUCCAAAGGUACAGUGAAAAACGGCAGUUUUAUCCUAUCCUGUCUUGAUCAAACAACUAAAGAAUGGGUCGAACAAACUGUUAGGAAGAUAGUUCCAUGGGAAGGUGCCAGGCUGAGAGUUAGAAAUUAUCGUGAAGAUGUCGAACAAGCGCAGACAAUGCCAUGGAUACCUGAACGCGCUGGCGAAUCAAACUCUGUUUUCGUCAAUCGGGGACAGUCGGGUGGGCUCAAGAGAAUCUGGGCAGAUACCCACGUGUCGAAAAGACAAAAACAAACAAACGAACAGUUUAAAAGCACCAAAUUUUCUGAUUCGGGGUCAUAUGCACCAGAGGUAAAAGAUUUGGCGGUGGAAAUAAUUCUAGAUGGCUGCUCCAAUACCUCUAUAACUCUAGAGCAGGAAAACUUAAUAAGGCGAGCUCUGCUCGAAAGGUUAGAAGACAUAAAUGAAGGAGAAUAUGAACCCAGGUUCUGCAAAGGUAUGGUGAAAAAUGGCAGUUUGAUCCUAUCAUGUCUUGAUCAAACUACUAAGGACUGGAUCGAACGAACUGUUAGAAAGAUAGUUCCAUGGGAUGGUGCCAGGCUGAGAGUUAGAGAUUAUCGUGAAGACGUCGAACAAAUGCAAACAAUGGCAUGGAUAUCUGACCCCGCUGACGAAGUAAUCUCUGUUUCCGUGAAUCAGGAACAGACGGGUGAUUCCAAUAGAAUCUGUACAGAUACCUGCCUGUCGAAACGACAAGAACGAAGACACAGACAGUUAAAAACAAAAUUUAGGACAAGGUCACGUACACCAAGGGUAAGAGAAUUGGAUGCGGAAAUAAUUUUAGAUGACUACUCCAAUACCUCUAUAACUCUAGAGCAGGGAAACCUAAUAAGGCGAGCUCUACUUGAAAGGUUAGAAGAUAUAAAUGAAGGAGGACCUGCACCCAGGUUCUCCAAAGGAAUAGUGAAAAACGGCAGUUUGAUCCUAUCUUGUCUUGAUCGAACAACUAAGGCAUGGGUCGAACGGACUGUUAGAGAUAUAGUUCCAUGGGAUGGUGCCAGACUGAAACUUAGAAGUUAUCGUGAUGUCGAACAAAUAGAAACAAUGGCAUGGAUACCUGGACACGCUGGGGAACCGGAAAGCUUGAUGGCGAGAUUAAAAGUUCAGAAUCCGGGAAUCAAAAUGGAAAAUUGGAAAGUCAUCGGAAGUAAGGUACUUCCAAAAGGACAGAAGCUUUUCAUUUCCAUGGACCCAGUCUCUUGGAAGACGGUACAACAAAAACAGGGAAGGCUCUACCUGAAUUUCACCACUAUUUGUGUAAAAGAAAGAAAGGGUCAGCAGCUUUUAUAGAUGGAUUUGUUUUAAUAAUUCAUGCAAUUUUGUUGAAAUCAAUUUUUGUAUUAAAUGUAUAUACAGGGUGUUUCAAAAAGAUUGGUCAUAAAUUAUACCACGUAUUCUUGGGUCAAAAAUAGGUCGAUUAAACCGCACCCAAAAAUAGUUACAGGGUGUAUAAGAUAAAAAUUUAAAUUAAUUUUUUUAACGUUGCUCUUAAACCGUUUGACAUUAUUUCAUAAAAUUUUACAUAACGUGUUGGAAUACCAUGACUAACAAAAUAGAGGUAGAGGCAAUAUUUUUUUUUAUUUUUGUAGGAUUUUGGAGGGUGUUACCGCCCCUUUCUCUACUCAACUUUUUUGUAAUAUAAAAUUUUAUUAAAAAUCGAACGCUACUGAAAUGCAACAUCUAUUUGGAAACUUUUUUGUCUUGUAGUAUUUGUUUGUAAAAUGUUUGGUUUAGACGAUACAGCCACUUAAAAUGACAUCUUAAAAAUAUUCAAUGUAAAUUAUACGUAUGCAAAAAUAUCAAAAUUCGAUUUUCAUUGUUAAAACUAUGUAGUAAGUGUGUACAGGAGAAGAAUGUAAUUAUAAACACCUGUUAAAUUAAUUUUUUUUUAUUUUGAUGACAUUAGUUUGUAAUUUAAAAAUAAACUUGAUUUUGAUAUUUUUCAUAUGUAGAAUUUACAUUGAUAAUUUUUAAGUUGUCAUUUCAAAUGGCUGUAUCGUCUAAACUAAACUUUUUACAAACAAAUACUAAGAGACAAAAAAAUUUCCAAAUAGAUGUUGCGUUCCAGUGGCGUUUCACUUGUAAUUAAAUUUUAUACUACAAAAAAGUUGAUUGGAGAAAAGAGCGGUGACCCCCUCCAAAAACCUAUAAAAAUCAAGAAAAAAUAUUGCCUCUUCCUCGAUAUUAUUAGUCAUGGUAUUCUAACAUGUCAUAUAAAAUUUCAUAAAAAAAUGCCGAACGGUUUAAGAGCAACGUUAAAAUUUUUUUUUUAAAUUUUUAUCUUAUACACCCUGUAACUAUUUUUGGGUGCACUUUUGUAUAUAAGUAAGUACUUUGACCCAAGAAUAUGUGGUAUAAUUUAUGACCAAUCUUUUUGAAACACCCUGUAUAUUGUAUAUAUUAGUGAUGGGUUGCUUGGAAAAGUUCAUAGACAAGCCCGACGGACUAGUCUGAAAAGUUGACUAGUCAAAACACACUUUUUAAAAGUGCACAUACGCGAUAUUAAAUUAACUAAAUUGUCUGAAUUUCUUACAAAUAAAGGUAAAAUUUCCAAAAAAAUCCAAAGGUUGGAAAUAUGUUACAAAUGAUUUGCCUAAAAAAAGAAAAUACAAAUGAAAAUGUUGGUCACAAAGUGUUUUCGAGAAAACAUCCAGGAUGGACAAACAUUUAACUGUGUUUUCUAUAUUCAAGGUCAACUACUUUUCAUUGUGACUUUUCACUACUUUAUAUUACUUUUCCUGACAUGUCUGUCGGACCGGUCUAGGACGUUUCGACGCAGCCAUUUCGACGCAGCCGUUUCGACGCGAGGACAUUUCGACGCAGGGCCGUUUUGACGCCAACUGUAUUUGUUUUAGAUAGGUAAUAAUUCAUACAAAAUAAUAUAUUUGAAUGUCUCUUUUAAUUUUAUUAUUAAGAAUGCAUAAUAUAAUAAUUAUAUGAUAUUGCUUUUAAAUAUUCGUUUAUAUUUCUAUUUUUAUAAUCGAUAAUAAUUUUUAAAAUCCUCUCGUCACAAUCGCGAUGUUUUAUAAAUUUCCAUAUCGUUGGAUUAUCUAUGGACAUGGACAAGUCGUCUGUGUUCAGCUUCGGUGUGGUUGUUCGUUCUGUCUGUACCCUCCAAGACGCGGUUGUAUGCAGACCACAAUGUGAUCGGAAAGAAUGGAUUGCGCCUUCUUUGACUCUGUCGUUGAGGACGUCCUACGUAUGAGUCCUCGAACCAUUCUAUUAGAGGUUGCAACUCGUUAGACAAUUCUCAAAAUAAAUGCUCAAUUGCAAUAUCCAUGUCUUCAUCAGGAACAAAUGCCAAAGAUGUCACCAUUCGUGCAUAAAGACUGAAAUCAGCAUCGGUAUUAUAUCGACCCAGCAAAUUCAUUUGCACCAAAUGUUUUUUUAUAUUUUUCACCAAAUUAAAAAAAAAACAGCCUAGCAGCUCCGCAUUUGGAAACUCUUCUUUGAACGCGAUUAUGGCACCCAAUUCAAAAUCGCAUGAUAUCUUCUCUGGAUUUGCAGCUGGCUGUAAAUGUCCCACCAUACCAAUCAUUCGGGCAUAUGUAGUUUGUCGUUUUUUGGGCAGGAGAGCAUAAAGAACAGGAUGAACUCCCCCAAAUUAUUUAUUUAUAAUUAUGUAGGUAAAAAAUUGAGGCAGUUGGUUUAAAUGUCCCAUCAACAAACCAGUGUUUUGAGUCCUUUAAAAUCGGUAAAUAUAUAUAUUGUAAUGGAAAUGAAUUAUCGACAUUUAAGAUCAAAAAUUAACUGUAUAAUCUAACUAGGAUCGGAUACCUAAAAUAGGUUAAUAAACUACUUAAUAUAAUAUUAUGUAUCAAUAUUAAUAUUUAGGUAAUUCAUUAAAAAUCUUUUUAGGUACCUAAUUUUUAGGGAUUAAUUUUUUAUGUCUUUCAUAGAAAUGAGAACAUAAGCCAGCUAAUGGUUACAUGUUUACUGCAGCUAUCUAUCAAUGCUUACUGCGAAUAUUUAAGGAACAAGUUAAAUUACCCAAUUAUAUACAAAGAAUAGAUCUGCAAAAAAUAGACAUUUCAAAUAUUUUUUUAGAAUAAUUUAUUACCUACUUAAAAAAAAUUACAUUUGGCGUCGAAACGGCCCGGCGUCGAAUCGGCCGGCGUCGAAAUGUCCUCGCGUCGAAACGGCCGCGUCAAAACGGCUGCGUCGAAAUGUCCCAUUCCGCCGUCGGACUAGUCCGAAAAUUACUUUUCAUGGAAAGUCCCAUUAGUGAGUAAUUGUUUGAUAUUUCAAUUUCAAUAGACUCUCAAACAUGUUUCAAUAAAAGUAUUAUGGAUUUGAAAAAGGCAUAUUCUAAAAAUAUUUUUGUAUAUACAGGGUGUUACAUCUUUGUUUGGUAAAUAAAAAUGUAUGAUUUUAUUUCAGUUUUUAGAAUGGUUAGUAAUACUGUAUUUAAUCCAUUCAUAUUUUAAAAAUUACAGCUUUGCAAAGUAGUUCAUUUUUUGUGAAAUUAGAGAAUAAAAUGAUCAUAAUAAAAGUAGGUUUGCAAUGAUUUCAAAGUUGUUUAAAUUACAGACUUAUGUGGUACUAAGCUAACGAAUAGUUAUGAUAAAACUGGUUUAUUUUAUACCGAAUGUUUUGAAGCCUGUUAUAAAAUGGCUAAUUUUAAGUUCAAUUUACCAAAUGUUUUCAAAUUUAUAUUAACAAUAAAUUUGUUAUUUACCUAUCCAAUUAUACCAACAUGUUAGCUUAUUAUUUAUGAUGAUCACAUUUAAAAUGUAUUCUAAAUAUAUAGGGUAGUCCAUAAAUGAGGGACGAACUAAACUUAUAUUUGUUUAAAUUAAACAUUAUAAGUGGUUACAGUGGUGUAGCGUAGGGGGGCAGAAGGCACCUGCCUUGGGCGGCACUUUGAAAGGAGCGACAGAUUUUAUAAAAUAAAAACUAAUUAAUGAUAGAAGGUCGACAAAUGUAGCAUCUGUCCCGGGUAGAUAAAAUCUACCCUACGCCACUGGGUAGUUUUUUUAAUAGACUUAACGUUCCUAAAAAUGUUUUUGAUUUUCAUUCAUUUGCUUGUCUUAUGGUUGGUUUUACAUAGCACCAAAAUUUCAAAAUGUUCUUCUGUCGGGCCGUUCCUUCGAGGUGCGUCGAUUAUACCUGCAAAAAAAAAUAAUUGGUACUUGGGG